AUGAAUCCACAAGAUGGUAUUAUUGAAGAAAGCACCCCUCCUCUUACAUCAGAAGAGGGGACGAACCAACGCCAUCAACCGGUGCCAGGAAAUGGUGCUACCAUGGCACUAUUGGCUAAUACAUUCAAGGAUACUAUGUGUGAAAUGAUGGUACAGAUGUCUCAAGAAAAUCGCGCUGUACUUGCUGAAAUGUUGAAAGCCCUUAAGCCUGAGGAAACUAGAUCAAUCCGCAUUUCCGACGUCUAUUUUCCAAGUUUUGAUCCUGACAAAGGUACCGACGUGAGGGAAUGGGUUGAUUUGAUAACCAGAACUCAAGCGGAGUACAAUCUAAAGGACCACGAAGUACGCCUAAAAGCUGCUGGUGUCUUAAAAGGAAGAGCACAAUCUUGGGCCGAUGAUUGUCUACUGCGGACGACCACAUGGUCUGAAAUGAGGGAAGACAUGCUACAAACAUUUGAGCCAGAAUCAAGAUAUUUUUCAGAUGUUUUGAAAUUCCGACGUUACUCCAUAAAUGAUGCUGAUAGCAUCCCCGAAUACAUAUCCAAUGUAUGGAAAAUGUUCAAAAAAAUCGUGAAGCCAAAUCCUACGGAACAGGAUGCUGUAGAAUUUGUGAUUGGAAGCAUCAAAGAAGACGACCUUCGAACAGAACUUCUUAAUGCUAAAUGUUUAUCUGUUCCAGAGCUUAUUGCCAUCGCUAAGACGAUGCGCAAACGUAAACUGCCAUCAACUCACGACCGCUUUCAAAACAAGAAAGUAAAAAGCGACGACAGCAGAUCAGAUCAAAGUAUAACUUGUUUCGUAUGUGGCAAACAAGGCCAUCGAGCAAGAUGGUGUAAUCAAAAUGCGAUAGCACGUACCCGUACUGAACAACACCAUCAGUCGAUUCCAUCAACGUCAGAUGCAAACAAGAACAGAGAGAAAAGGAGUAAGGAAUGCACUUACUGCUCUAUUCCUGGACACACUUAUGAAACUUGUUUUAAGCGACUCAACGCUGAAAAGAACAUCAAUUUCUGCCAAGUCCAAAACAAUGACAUGAAAAAUGGUGUUGUGGUUAAAAUUGGAAAUAAACAUUUUCAAGCAAUGUUUGAUAGCGGAGCGGACUGUUCACUUGUAAGGGAAUCAACAGCUCUUUCACUUCCUGGUUCAAGAACAAACAAAACAACAUACCUGAAGGGUAUCGGACCAGUCCCCGCUAUAUCCUUUAGUCAAGUAACAUCCGUCUGUUACAUAAAUGAUAUGCAUCUGGAACUCGACUUUCAUAUUGUCCUAGACCACGAGCUACCCGCGGAUAUUCUCAUUGGAAGAGACAUUUUGAAGAUACCGGGGCUGAAAGUUACAAUGUCACAUAGUGGCGUUACAAUGACGAGAGACGAACAACACAAAAAACAGCCGCUAAUAUAUGGCAGUUAUCUUCGAGUUCGAUAG